GCUAGAGGUGAUUUCCAAGUAAGCGACAAGCGUAAUAGUAGCCUAUAGUGUGACAAACUAUGUAUGAUGUAUGAAAUGUAAUACAUAUUCCCUGAUAACCAGCAAUAAGAUUAUAAAUUUGUAUCUUCAUACACUGCAAAUUAAAGAUUGAAAAUACACACGGUAAGUUGGAGAAUUUGAAGAAAUACGCCCAGGAUCAUGAUUAUUGUCAUCAAGUACGAGUGCCAAACAAAAUUUUGAAUGUAAAAUGGAUUGUAGUUGUUGAGCCAUGACAGUUUAAAAAUUAGUGCUUCUGAACUUCGAAUGUUGAAACUCUAUUAUAGUGAAGUGGUUGAAAGCAAAUAAUUCACCUGGAAGUGGAGAGCUGGAUAGUGUUAACCGCGCCAACAUAGUUCAUAAAAAUGCGUGAAUACAAGAUUGUUGUGUUAGGGUCAGGGGGUGUAGGCAAAUCAGCUCUAACUGUUCAAUUUGUACAAGGUAUUUUCGUAGAAAAAUAUGACCCAACAAUAGAAGAUAGCUAUAGGAAACAGGUGGAAGUAGAUGGACAACAAUGUAUGUUGGAAAUUUUAGAUACUGCUGGAACUGAACAAUUUACUGCUAUGAGGGAUUUAUAUAUGAAGAAUGGUCAGGGGUUUGUUUUGGUUUACUCAAUAACAGCACAAUCAACCUUUAAUGAUCUUCAAGAUCUUCGAGAGCAAAUUCUUAGAGUAAAGGAUACCGAUGACGUUCCGAUGGUUUUAGUAGGUAACAAGUGUGAUUUAGAAGAUGAACGAGUUGUGGGUAAAGAACAGGGAAACAGUCUUUCGCGCCUGUUCAACUGUGCCUUCAUGGAAACUUCUGCCAAAGCAAAAAUAAAUGUUUAUGAGAUAUUUUAUGACCUAGUUCGACAAAUCAAUAAGAAAUCUCCUGAAAAGAAACAGAAGCAGAAAAAGAAAUCGAUUUGUGCGCUUCUGUAAUUAAAGUAAUAAUUGUUGGAACCAAAAAGUACAUUCAAAGAUUUAAAGACUAUACAUAGUGUGAAGGAGGCAAGUGCGGACUGAAAGUCUCUUGCAGUGAAGUUUUUUAAAGCUCUGUAUAUCAUUCUUUUAAGGUAAUUUUAAAAAUAUUUGUAAUAAAUAAAGUUGUCAGUUAAUUUUUCCACAGUCAAGGUUGUUAUAUAUAUGUAGAUGCAAUUUAGUGAUAGAGUAUUUUGAAAUACUGCCAAUUAUGUGGUGUCAAAUAGAGAUAGAGAUUUUGUGAAUUAGUGGUAUUUGCUACUUCUGAUUCAAGACUAUCUACAGGACAAUACUUCACCAAACAUAAACCAUGAUUUCUAAGAUUCACGCCUCUAACAAGAAGGAUGUCGCUUCAGAAAUCUAAAUGACCUACAUCACCAAUGUUGAAUCCCGGUUUGUCUGCGAAUAUUAAACUCUUUUCUAUUAUCAUAUUAUAUGGAUGUAGUUGUGGGUGAGAUGUGAUAAUAAUCCUAUGGUGCUUUUCUAGUAGAUAGUGAUUUCCUUGGCGAGAGUUAGUAAUUCCAGUCUCAAAAAGGUGCACUUUUUCAAAUCACCAACAAGUUUACUUUCGGAUUUUUGACUAUUCACACACCAUCAAAUAUGUCUUCUUAUGACCAAACAUAUUUCCAAAUCUAUUGUAAUGUCAGGAUUAGCGUUAAGAAUAUUAAACGUAUCUUUACAUAAAUUAAUAAGUGUGCGAUGUAUCUUUGAAUUUUAAAUAUAAUUGUUGCACUUUAUAAAUAUUUCCUAUAUUUAUCUUUUAGCAGUAUUUAUUUUAAUAAAUAGUAAAAUAAAUGAAAAUUCAAUUAUUUAUUCCUUGAUGUAUGAAGAAACUGUUAUUUUAUGCAGUGUGUCGCAGAUUCGCUUCUCUAUACAGGGAUCUUCGCUACUAUUAUACCUACGUACAUCAAAAGUUGGAUGCGGAAAGUCUUGGAGGGAACUUAUUGCAUUUGUUAACCAACUUCAGAUUUAUGAUCGGUUAACUGGUUUCGGAAAUAUAGAAUAAACACCGAAAAUGGCGGAUUUUGUUUUUUGCCAGUAAAUACGAAACGGGUGAUUCGACAGCAGUCAAAAUGUCAUUUUUUCAAGACGAAUAAGGUAGAACCACCUCAACUCAAUUUUUUUAUGUCUACCAUAUUGAAAUUAUCAAUUUUUGGAAAGAGCGUGAAAUUUCCAGUCUAGUGAUGUCAGCACAUGAAAGAUUUGAGUAUCAUUGCAAUAUCACACUUCGUAAAUUUAGAUCAAAAUUUUUCCUAAGGAGGCCAUGAAAAUAUUGGGUUUUUAUAAAUAACAUAUUUUUCCAUCUAAGGGGGCUCUGACUUUUGAGAUUUAGCGAAACCAGGUUGUGCCGAAUUUACGGGCUACUAUAACCGAAACUGAGUUUAGAAGAACCUGGUUUCAACAUGAUGGAUGUCUGGCUCACAACAUCAUUCAAGUCAGGAAAGUCCUACUAGGCAGUUUCAUAAAAUGAAUAAAAAAGUCUCCAAUUGCCAAAAAUGUUUCGAUUCAAAUGGACGUCAUUUUGCGAAUCUGUAAAUUGAUAUCAAGUUACAAAUCAGUUAAGGAAAUAAUUAGAUUUCAUAUUACUUUACUUCAACUCCUAGAAUGUUUCUAUCGUGAGUUUCAACUUGUAUCUACUUUUAGGUUGGUCAAAGAUUCAAGUGUUAAUUAAAAUAACGACGAUUUUUCUUUUUUUUUUAAACGCUUCUGGCUUGAUGUUCUAUCAAAAAUGCAAUGAGUUUAUGCAAUUCUCUACGUGUUUCCUACUUAUUGAUGUUAAUUCUUGUUGAAUAAAGCAUAGCCUCCUCAGACAACAUUGAAACCUAACUUCAAGAAGUGUCAUAUUUUAAACCCACCACGAAACCAGUUGACCGAUCGUAAAUCUGACGCUGGGUAUCUAUGCUGUAGGUAUACUAGUAGCCGCGAGAUACCUGUAUAGACAAGCGAAUCUGGGACACACUGUAUACCUCAUACAUGAGAAUGGAUUUAUCUAUAUUUAGGACACCCUACACAAAAAUUGGCAUCCUAGUUAAAAUGAUCUCAAUAUAAAUAUUCAGCUUGAAUUAGGGGUCAUUCAACAAAAAUUCAACCCCCAUAAAUUAGAAAACCAUUUUUUUUUAAUUUGCUGGGAUCCGUCAGGUCAUGUUCUUGGGAAGAGGGUCAUUUUUGACAGUUUAACCAAUUUGAUAUGUUCACCCAACUUCAAAUGGAACCACCCUAUCUCCAUCAUAUGAUUUUAAAGCCCUUACGGAUAUACUGGUGCAUCGAUUUUAGGGAUCGGUAGAGAUUUGACAGAGUUAUUGGUUUUGUCGGAGAAUCUUAUAUAAUAUGAUGUUUCAAAUAAAGGGGCACUCCAAAAUGAGUUGGGUAUUUGUAACAGCAGCCGUAUCCAUGAUACAGGAUGUUGAAAAAUGAAUUUUAUAAAAAAUUUUCACGAUUAUGUCGAAACUACUGACAUUGUAAUGAAAUUUGGUAUGAAUAUGUUUUGGAAGAUGACAUAUCGCAUGAAUUUGUUUUUGUACUGACUCAUAGAAGUCGCAAGUUAGACGGUUCGUACCACCGACAGUUCCUGCGCAUUGAGCAGAGACGGCUUGAGUCGAGCGAGGAGAAGGAGAUUUUAGAGUUGCUGGGGAAUGACUAUAGCGGCCCAGAUAGUGGUUAGGUAUGUCAGUGGUUCAUACCAAGUAGUUUUAAACAUAACUUUUUUGAGGGUAGAUUUUCUAGUCGAAAUUUUAUGAGAACUUGAACAUUAUUCAAUUUCAUACUGUGUACAGGUUCGGAAGUAAUUGAUGCUGGUAUUGAGAAAGUAUUAUAAAAAAAAAACCUAUUACCUAUUGUUUAGAAAGAUCAAUAUUGUAUUAUAAUACUGAAGUUAUGGACGAAUGCGCAUUCGCUCGUGAAAACAUCCUUGAGAGCCUAAAUCACUACACAAAUCAUCGUAGUGGGCUGACGCCAUGCUAUUAGUGGACCAGAAUAAAACUCCCCCACCAAACUCAGCCUCCACAAUCUUGUUACGAAAAAUAAUAAUAGAAACACACGAAUCUCGACAUACGUGAUGGAAAUGGUUCGAAAGAUUUAGGCACUUCUAAGUUAUUGAAUAAACAUUGAAUCACAUAAAGAAAAUUAGAAUAAAUUUGACCAAAAAUAUGAAAUAUUCCAUCUAGAGUAGUGAGUGUUUGAAAUGUCCUCUUUCAAAUAGUUCCUCACAAACCUCAAAACGGUUUUUCCUGAGUUAGCCAUUGGAAAAUUGACAUUUACUUAUAGUUACGGUAAAAUAUUGUUGAUAACUACGUUAAUCAAUAAUCAACACGCAUUUGAGUUUUUGAAACAACUCGGUACAAACCGAGUAACUAGCGUUCCCUAUGAGAUAAAAACAAUUUAGUAGUUUGGUAUUUUGUUUUCAACACCCUGUAUCUUCAAUACGGAUGCCAAUACGAAUAUUUUUUUGUUAACAAACCAAGAUGUCUUAAUUACAGGAUGUGAAAGCAUACUUACAGUGUUAUAUACUGUUUUCGAUUUAACGGUGGUCAUUUUGAGCAUUAUAAAAAAAUAAUUGUUUGCUUCUCCCCCAAGAACAAAAAUCGACGGUUCUCGGUGAAAUUCUCAAAGAAUGUUUAUCAGUAUGAAGGCGUUAAUUUUUAUUCAGAUAAAAAUCCACUGGAUGUCAUUUUAUGAAAUUCCGAAUGGUUUAUUGUCAACAAUUAACAAUUUCAGAAGGAGGAAGUUUGCAGCUUGAUCAUUAUAGGAAGGCUAACGUAAGGAAAGUGAUAUAUUAACAUCAUUCAUGUAUGUACAGGGUGAUUUGUUAUAUUGCUGAAAUAGAACAAUAUAACGAAGAGAAUCAUCUGCCGUAAAAGUAUACUAUGCUAUCCGAAUUGAUUAGUGAAUGUCAAUGCAACAAUAAUAGAAACGAAUAAUGCCACUUUGUCUAGAGAAUUUAUACGUUUAUUAUGAUGGAAACAAUUACUGUAGUGGCAUCUGAGAUGGGCAUUUUUCUAAUUAUUCAAAUGUUGCACGCUCAUUCUUAUUCACCUUACUUGACCACCAAACCAACUUCAACACAACACUUCAUAACUCCGAUACAAUGAUUCAUGUGAAUAUUGGUGGUGGACGACAUUUCCAUUAACGUCCCUAUCCAAAACAUAUUUUGUUUUGAUUGAUUCUUGUCUAUAGUAUUGUUGGCAAUAAACUAAGUGGAUAUGAUUUCAGAUUUCUUAUAUUUAAUUUGCAUUUUCGCUGAGGUCUGAAAGCAGAACCUGGUGAGAUUCAUGACUAGAUGGUGUGUUUCGAAGAAAUUGUGAGUGAAUAAUUUCAAAUUAACUUAUAGCAAAAUUCAUUGGAUGAACUGGUGCAUACUGAAUGAUAUCCACUGUAUAUGUGUAAUUUGUUUAAUAAUUCAAAAAAUACUUUGUACUAUUAAUUACUAUUUGUUUGACCGUAGUAUAUAAUCAUUUACCUGCAUACAUCCUACAUAGUGAAAAAAAUUGCGUUAGUUAUGUAUUGACCGUCUUGAUAUAUUGCAGACAAACUAGUAUAAAACUCAUGUAAAAUAGUUAUAUAAUAUCAAAAAUCACUUCAAAAUCCAUUGUGCACCAGUUAUACCAAUUGGAAAAAUGCCUAUCAUAUGUACUAGUUCAGAAUUAUAUGUCACAACUUUCAAAUGUUGAAUCAAGUUAUAAUUAUUAUUAUUUAUACAGGUAGGAAUUAUAUAAUUUCUGAUAUCUUCCAAAGAACUUGAAGACCAUAAUAAUAUUAUAGGUACCUAUUAUAUUAUUUCAUUGACCAUAAACAUAUGACUAUAUAAAUAAAUAUUAAUAAAAUACUUCAUUGCAUGACAUUCUGAAUGAAUAUUAUAGUGAAUGUGAUACCCUAUGGUAUGAUUUGCUGUUUUUAUCCAUAUUUGACAUUAAAUUUGAACUAAAAAUAAAAUGUGUGACAAUCC